AUGCUGCAAGCGGGAAGGUCGAAAACCUAUGAAACAGUCAAAGGGAGUUGGAGUAUAAGGUAUGGCACGGGAGACGCUGCGGGCUUUUUCGGCAGGGAUACGGUACGUUUUGGCGCACCAGGUACUGACCAACUUGUUGUUCCUGGAACCACGUUUGGACAGGCCAAAACUAUAGCAAACUUCUUCGCUAGGACACACCAUGAUGGCAUUUUGGGACUUGGAUUUACCGAACUUGCAAAAGAUCAUGUUGUUCCACCACUUAUUCGUGCUAACAGUCUUGGAUUGCUUGACAAACCAAUUUUUACGGUGUAUUACAGCAGAAACGGAUACAUAAAAGACGUUUAUGGAGGAACCAUCACCUAUGGUGGUUUAGACACUAUAAAUUGCGAGGAGGAGAUUACAGUUCAAAGUGUGAAAGUUCAGAUAAACGGUUUCUCCGCUAGAAAUUAUAAAACAUAUGAGACAUGGGAAGCGAUAUCAGAUACAGGGACAUCGCUGAUUUCUGGACUACCCAUGGUAGUUGCAAAGCUAGCCGAACGAUUGCAUGCACAGCUCAACCUCUCCUACUCCCUCUACAUACUCGACUGCAAUGCUGACGCUGAAGUGACCAUCACAAUCGCUGGAAAGGACUACCCUAUUACGGCUAAAAACUUGCUCGUCCACAUUAACCAAAAAACUUGCAUUUUGGGACUCAAGCCAAGAAUCGGCGCUUCUUUGGGACCACAAUGGAUUCUUGGUGGCCCAUUUCUGCGGGAAUACUGCAAUAUUCAUGACAUAGCCAACAAAAGGAUCGGUUUCGCUAGACCAGUUGAAAACUAA